GCCUCCUCCCUCCUCCCGGGCAUCUUAAAACCCGGAGUUCAGACGGAGGAGGAUCCGGAGUCACAAAGACGCGGUGCAAACAACUCGGCUCCGCGGCUCCCCCGGGAGUGGGAGCCAGAAGGGAGGGGGAGAGAAAGCCGGGCAUGCUCAGUAGACGGGACAAAGUUGUGUUUUUUUCUUCUUCUUUUUUUCUCCGCUCUCUCUCAUUUUUUUUUUUCGGUCGCAAGUAGGAAGCUUUUUGCACUCCACCACCUCUGGCCGCUGGGAAGACGUCAUCGCUUCCGCCCUACUUCCUCCUCCUGUUGGCGGCGGUGAGAAUCCAAUAUGGAGUAAAUCGGUAGAGUCGAGAGAUGGGGCUCGGACGGGGCGCCCUGCACCGCCUCCCAGGCGCACCUCCCCCGGCCGCCGACCGCUCCCCGGAACCGUGAUUGGCCCGCCCCCCCUCCCCCCGGGGGCGACCCCGGACAGAGCCCCCACCCGCGGCCGGCCCCCUUCUCCUCCUCUCACCAGUCUCCGCCGCUCCACGGCGCGCUUGUUUUUUUUUCCUCCUCUCCCUCACCGCCGUCCCCGGCCCAAACCUCUCCCCCUCCGCCCGCUCCCGAGUCCCCGAAGCCCCCGCCCGCCUCGCCCCUCGGCGCCGCGGCGCCCCAGACCUCCCGCAGCCUGCCUUCGCACCGCUUCCCCCCAACCACCCGCGCCCGGUCGUGCAGCUUCCCCUUCUGCCUUCUGCAUCUCCAGCCGUCCCCCCUCCCCAGCCAAAUCAGGCGAUCUCCGGAGAUGUGAAGAAGGGGGUGAGCGCACAGGAAGAUGAAGGGAGCAAAGCUGCCCGCCGCGGGACAGACGUCUAGGUGAACAGGAAAAUGACCGAGGAAACACACCCGGACGAUGCAGUUUUACUCUGGCAGAAUUUCCAGCUCUUUCAAAAUCUGUACAUUCAAGUUAGAGCAACUCCACUUCUGAACCAAAAAAGAAAUACCUUCAGCUAUUGUCUGAACUUGUACCUUGCUGACAGCUCUGCCAGAGUUUCUGGUGACAGCUAUAUUGUGCGUGUCAAGGCUGUGGUUAUGACCAGAGAUGACUCCAGCGGGGGAUGGUUCCCACAGGAAGGAGGCGGGAUCAGUCGCGUGGGGGUCUGUAAGGUCAUGCACCCCGAAGGCAAUGGACGAAGCGGCUUUCUCAUCCAUGGUGAACGGCAGAAAGACAAACUGGUGGUAUUGGAAUGCUAUGUAAGAAAGGACUUGGUCUACACCAAAGCCAACCCAACCUUUCAUCAUUGGAAGGUCGACAAUAGGAAGUUUGGACUUACUUUCCAAAGUCCUGCCGAUGCUCGAGCCUUUGACAGGGGAGUGAGGAAAGCAAUCGAAGACCUUAUAGAAGGCUCAACCACAUCAUCUUCCACCAUCCACAACGAAGCUGAGCUUGGUGAUGACGACGUUUUUACGACAGCUACAGACAGUUCUUCUAAUUCCUCUCAGAAGAGGGAACAACCGACCCGGACAAUCUCCUCCCCCACAUCCUGUGAGCACCGGAGGAUUUACACCCUGGGCCACCUCCACGACCCGUACCCCACGGACCACUACCACCUCGAGCAGCCGAUGCCCCGGCCCUACCGCCAGGUGAGCUUCCCGGACGACGACGAGGAGAUCGUGCGCAUCAACCCCCGGGAGAAGGUCUGGGUGACGGGCUACGAGGACUACCGGCACGCGCCCGUGCGCAAGGCCCUGGACCCCGCCGAGGACGCGGACUCCUACGUGCGCUUCGCCAAGGGCGAGGUCCCCAAGCACGACUAUAACUACCCCUACGUGGACUCCUCGGACUUCGGCCUCGGUGAGGACCCCAAAGGGCGCGGGGGCGGCGUGAUCAAGACCCAGCCCUCGCGGGGCAAAUCCCGGCGGCGGAAGGAGGACGGCGAGCGCUCCCGGUGCGAGUACUGCAGGGACAUGUUCAACCACGAGGAGAACCGGAGGGGCCACUGCCAGGACGCGCCCGACUCCGUGAGAACUUGCAUCCGCCGGGUGAGCUGUAUGUGGUGUGCGGACAGCCUGCUCUAUCACUGUAUGUCGGACCCCGAGGGCGACUAUACAGACCCCUGCUCGUGCGACACUAGCGACGAGAAGUUUUGCCUCCGGUGGAUGGCUCUUAUUGCCUUGUCUUUCUUGGCCCCCUGUAUGUGCUGUUACCUGCCCCUUCGGGCCUGCUACCACUGCGGGGUGAUGUGCAGGUGCUGCGGGGGCAAGCACAAGGCGGCCGUGUGACUCUGCCCCUCCCUCCCCUCCGUCCACAGCCACCAGGGAACUUGUCUCCCACACACUCGCAUCCUCUCCCCUGCUCCCUGGGGCGCCAUUCCAGCCUGGGGAGCCCUCCGGUGGACUCUGCACCUCCCAGCCACUCAUCCAUCCCUGCACAGUGUUCUAAAGAAAGGACCCCCCUCCCCCCCGCAGAGACUCGUGUAUUAAUAAUCUGUAAUCAAGCUAACUGUCUUAUACCUGUGUUGAUUUCCUGCCCACCUCUUCCAGUUCAAAGGCACCUGCAGGCGGAACUGUUUUUGGGGGGUUUUUUUGAUGGGUCUUGUAGUUGGUUUUUCCAAGAGCAUCGAAGACUAUCUUUCUCUUGGCUCAGCUUGCCUAUUGCCAACAAGCAUCACCGGGUUCCUGGAAGUGCGAUGUCAGAACGAUGAAACCCAACCAGAAGUAUUUUAACCCCGCGUUAGUUGCUGUCUAGGAGGUGAGCUAGCUGACAAACAAGAUCGGUCUAACUUUUCUAAAGCCAAAUUUCCCAUGUAAGCCGCAGUUUCUAUCUUGAGCCCAUCAUCAUUUUCUGCCCCCGCCCCGCCCCCAAAUCUGCCAGUUCUUCAGGAUGCAAACAUUCACCCGGAAAAUGACUAAGAAUCGAGCCUUAACUUCAGAUUAACUUGGGAGAAUCAGGAAAAUUUCUUAAACUGCAUCACAGCCUCUCUAGCCAGGGCUAGAAAGGAGGUUUCCGGAUUUCCCCGAGUCUCCCCAGUUACCCCUAAGGUAGGACUUUUUAAAAUUGUGUCGCCACCACUUCCAAAAAAUUUAGCAAUAUUGGAAGAAAAUGCGAAUAAAGUAAAAAAGUUGCUUGCUGUUUUGGAAACCAAAUACUCCAUUUAAACACAAACCAGUGUUGGGAAACACUAAGAUUCCAGUAAAUAAAACUACAGGAGCUCCCCUCUCCCCAAUGGGGGUUUUCUGUUAACGGGGGAAGUUCUAAAUGUUGUAAAUUUGAGGAGUGGUAGGCUGCAUCUUGCACGUGGGUUUGUGUUUUUCUUUUGGACUCAGUUUCACGUCACCAAAUUCUUCAUUUAUACUUAGGAAAAAACAAGGCCAUAUGUAAAAAACCCCUCCGAUGCCCAAGUGUCUUUCUCCUGCAGCUCCAAACCCAGACUUGCCACUUGGUGUGCACAAACGGUUGAGUCAGCAGGCUAGGGCUCUCUGUCGCCUUGCCACGUAGGAGGCUUUGAAUUAGCUGGAAAAGAGUAUUUUUCUAAUCUAUUGCAAGGAAUAGCCAAAUCUUAGGGCAGAAAGAAGAGUGGUUUCCCUGUGCCCAGCAUAGUACAAUCAGAACGACGUGGAGAACACAGGGGCAGGUUUGUCAAACACUGUUCUUCCCGCCAUGAUCUUCCCGUGGUCACUGCCCGCUGAGGGCAUGGCCUGCUCCCUCCCGCCUCGCUUCCCCCUCCCUUCUCUAUGGCACACAGGACACCAGUCCUCAAGGAAAGGGACUUUUUUCCAAUCUUCCCAUCGUGCGGGAAAGUGCUAGCCGUGCUUACCUUCGUGGAAUGUUUGCAGCUCUCCUGAGAGCCCGUCGCACUUCUUUAGUCAGAUCAUCGGUUCAAAUGCCCUCUGUGCUUCUGAGAUAGUCGGUAGACGUUUUCAUUGAUUGGAGUGACUGGUUUGGGCCUUUCGGUCUGGAAAGGGACCAGAGAGUUGUCAAUCUGGUGACGGGAGAAAAGAGCAUUGUUUCCCUGCCUGGGGAACAUCUAGCGGAUGGUGGCCAGCCUCCCAACGUUGUUGAGAGACCACCCCCACGCCCUGAGGGUUUUCCUCAAGGCCUUUCUCAAGGUCUCCUCUCUACAAAGCACAACACUAAUGUAUGUUUUGUUAGACCUCAGUUCCAGUGCCCCUAUUUAUUUCAGUAAGAAUACACAUAUCCCCGCAGCUUUUUGUUUGUCGGCUCUAUUUUGUUGUCUCUCUCUCUCUCCCUUCACCCCUGUCCUGGUCCACCCCUUUGAAGAAUUAUGCCAGUGAAUCUUAACUCUGCCUAUGCUUUUUGGUUUGUGAAGGUAGCGGUGAAGGGCACAAGGACAGCCAUGGGGACAUUUAUGUAAAUACGUCUCUCUCUCAUCACCACACUGCAGCUGAACAGUGUGUAGUAUUUUCCCAGUCAGCUUUGCCAUACUGACGUCAAUCAUUUGAAAGAAAUUAUUCAGAUUUUAUUUUUGUAUCUGUGGUAACAAAAACAUUAACCAAAAGAUUAUCUGUUUGGAAGCUUCUCCCAACACCCGUGCCCUCCCCCCCUCCCCCCCUCCCCAAGCUAUUUGCUCACAUUAACAAAUUAAAGUGCCUGAAGCAUCAUUCAUUCUUUACCUGUAUACUAAAAACCCUGUUGUAUUGAUUUUUUUAUAAUAACCCUUUUUACCUCUGUGUAAAAAAUAUAUAUACAAGUGUAUGAUGUACAUUUUAAGUUCUUAACUUUUUUUUUAUGGUUUCUAAUAUGUAUGACCAAUGUAGCCAUUGCUUUAAAAUGUACCGUGUAAAUAUAAACACAUCCUACGAGA